CAGCCGAGAGACUCCGGAACACGUAUCUCAACCCAGCAACACGCACGUCAAACACCAACAACGUUCAUCACCUUCGAGAUACUGCCCGCAAGCACCCCGUCUUUCCAGCAUGACGAUAUACUACUCGCUCACCUUCAUACUGCUCGCAGCAGAAAUGGUCACGUUCUGCGUCUUCGUUGCGCCUCUCCCCUACCAGAUCCGCAGACGGCUCUUCCGCUUUCUUUCAGAGAGCCCCAUCGUCGCCAAAAUUGCAUACGCGCUCAAGAUAUCUUUCAUAUUUAUCACCAUAUUGUUUGUAGAUGCGGUCCAACGCAUGUUCAGGGUGACGGCCGAAGUCGAGCUUGCGAAAGCAGGAGGCCAGGGCGCGCAAGAUGUUCGCACCGAGACUAACUUCGCUGCGAGGAAAUUCUACGCGCAGCGCAAUACCUAUCUCACCGGAUUUUGUCUUUUCCUCUCCCUUGUCCUCACCCGCACGUUCUACAUUCUUCAAGAACUCAUCCACUCACAAGAGGAGUAUGCCAAGCUGAAGAAGGCUGUGCGUCUUUACAUCAGUUUACCUCGAACAACGUUGAAGAAGCAGGCUUCGCAGCAGGCGGCCGAGUACGAUCGCUUGGCGGAGCAGUACAACAAAGAGACCGGGAAGGUAUCGAACAAGCGUGUCGAUUGA